GAAGGGGAUUGGGGCAACGCGAGGGGCGGGGUUUGCUGAGGAAGAUGGCGGCCGCCAGGGGCUUGUCCCUAACGGCGGCGGCCCUGAGAGCGGUCACCCCCUGGCGGAGGAGCAGUAAUGCCGCCCCCGGCCGGGCGGGCCUGACCCCCUCUUCCUGCGUUCAGAGGCUCCUGGAGAUCACCCAAGGGGCAGAAUUCCUCAGGCUGGAGGUGGAGGGGGGUGGAUGCUCCGGAUUCCAGUACCGAUUUUCGCUGGACACAGUGAUCCACCCCGACGACAGGGUAUUUGAACAGGGUGGGGCCCGAGUGGUGGUUGACUCUGAUAGCUUGGCCUUCGUGAAAGGGGCCCAGGUGGACUUCUGCCAGGAGCUGAUCCGAAGCUCCUUCCAAGUGCUGAACAACCCGCAGGCGGAGAAAGGCUGCUCCUGUGGCUCUUCCUUCUCUGUCAAGCUUUGAUGAGAUGGCUGCCACGGGUACCCCUUCGAGGCACCUGGAAUUAGUGGAACGUUAGGGGUUUCCUUCCAAUCAUGUCCCUCCCACGAUUUGAUUUCCCACAAUCCAGGAGUGUUGUGUGUUGCCACUAUGUUUUCCAGAAUGUGAAGCAAUCUUGACUCUUGACUUAAUUUCUCCUGCACCCUUCUAAGGCCAAGGCUCUAGGUGCUGUUCCCUAAGGUUUGUUUAAUAACUAGUUUGAAACCCAGUGUAAUCUGGAGAGCCUCCAAGGUUCCAAAAUGUGAGUUGCUUCUCUGGCCUUCAGAGCUGCUUGUACAUAGA